UUUGAAUCAACGUCAAAACAUUUCUUGUAAUUGUUUUUUCAAGUUAUUUUUCUAUUCGGUUUCAGUUUAUGUACUUUUUAAGAAUAAUUUUAAUGAUUAAAAAGGUGAUGGAUUCAUAAGAAUAAGUUACCAAACACUAGGAGAAUCUGAUGUGAUAUGUGUGCUAUUUAAGUGCUUCUUGUAUAAACAAAGAUGAAAUAGUAGAAUUAACUGGAAAAAUAGUUUUAGCAUUUACUGCAAGUUUAUAACGCAAUCAAUUUGAAGAUGUUUAUAUUAUAAUAUUUGAAGGAGGUCCCCAUUUUUGAUAAAUUUUAGAACCCUAGGUUAUGGCUGAUAGUGAUUGCAUUAGUGAAACUGCAAGUUCUGCUUGUGAUGAAGAAAGAAUUAGGAGAUUAUUUCAAGCAUGUGAUACUAACGGCGAUGGCUUUAUAGAUAGUAAUGAUCUAUUCUCCAUAUGCAAAGAACUCAACCUAGAAGACUCUAUUGGUGAGCUUAUGCAGCAAUUAGGGGCUGAUGCACAAGGCAGAAUAUCAUACGAACAGUUCUUAAGAAGCAGACUUGCCCUAAGACCUGAAAUUGAUGCUUUAAAACACUCAAAACAUGAUGUUGCCAGUGAUAAUAGUCAGGGAAAACUAGAUCAGUGGGAAUGGGACUCUGGUGCUAGAGAUAUGAGCCCUAUUCCAAAGUCACUUGUUCAAAAAGUUGGAAUGUACACAGAAGAAGAUUUAAAAAUUCAGAUUGAGAAGAGCACAGUGGAACAAGCACAAAGGUAUGAAGAGCGUUUGACUGAGUUACAUUCUGUUAUUGCCGAAUUGACAAAGAAGUUGCACCAGCAAAGGGCAAUGGCAAUAGCAGAAGAAGAUGAAGCUUCAGAAGUCUGUACCAGCGCCUUUGAUGACUCAGCAACGUGUGCUUUAGAAGUAAGUGAAAUGGACCCCCCUGAAAACGGUAAUGGCUCGGAUUCGGACAACAAAAUUCCUGAAAUCUCAGUGGAACAACCGUCUUCAAAAUUGAGCCCCACGAGCGAUAAAAACUCCGAAACGUUCACCAAUAUUGUGGACUCAUUAAAGUCCGAAAUUGACAACUUGAAAUCUCAGCUGUUGCAUGCUCAAGCAAAAAUUCAAGAGUAUGAAAAGCAAGAAAAAGAGACCAACAAAAGGGAAGUGCUAAAGACGAUUACCAAAAGGCUUCUUGAGACCGAUAUGGACGAUUUAGACCCGAAAGUCUAUUCUGAAGAGAAGGCAGAUAUUAAAUAUGGUAACGUUGUCUCUAUAAACAGAACUAGCACUUCCAAGACGCCCCUAACUAAAGUUGCGGAGCGUGUUAAAUUAAGACGUGCGACCGAUUUGCGAAGAGAAAUAAACCCCAACGAUUUGGUAAACAGCGAGUUGCCCACUGCAGUUGCCGAGCACAUUGUGGGUGACAUUUUGUGCCAGUGUGACCCCAGUAGCGAAAAAAGCAACGGUGCAAUUGAAAUGAAAAGGAUAAUAUCGAAAUUGGAACACAUAAAAUCACAAAAUUUGCUUUUGGAAUUAACUUUAAACGAAACCAAAGCCAGUUGCGACAGAUUAGCGCUUCUGUGUGGUAAAUACGAAUCCAAUGCAAUAGCCCUACAUUUAGCUCUGGCUGUUUCUGAUAGAACUAUUGAGGCUUACGAUGUCCUGCUAGCUUUGCUUGAAACGGAAAUAGGUUUAAAUGAAAAUAUUCCAGAAACUUUCGAAAACCGAAUGGCUGCAGAAAGCAUCGCUUUGCAACUUCUAAAAUAUUUGGACGAAUAUAAGUCUACAGACGCGUUUUUCUCAUCGUGGCAGCGUCAUCGUUUUCAAACGUCCAAUAUUGCAUGCGACCACCAAUGGACUUCAGAACACGAAAAUAGGCUCAGGGAGCACGUCUCUCGACUGAAGGCCGAAAGAAGUAACAUUCAAGGGACUUGUGUAUCCCUUGAAUCGCCCCAUAUGGAACCAGUUCCUACAAAGUCGGCAUCCACCCAAGAAAACAGGAAAAUGGACCUAGAAAUGGCCGUUCUUAUGCAAGAACUAAUGAGCCUCAGAGAAGAUCGAGCGGAACUCAUAGCCAAGCUUUUCACCUUAGACAAAGAAAAGAGUGCUAUUGAACUGAAAUUGAAAUAUGUUGAAGGGCAGCACAAGGCCCAGUCGGCCACUUUGAAAAACGUACAGGGACAGUUGAGAGACACAGAGAAUCUUUUGGCAGCUGCGACGCAAAAUAGGGAGAAGAAUUAUUCAGAUUUAGAGCAUACUGAAGGGGUUGAAUUAGAACUCAUGCAAGCUCUGGCAAGGGAAGCAAGACUGAAAUUGAGAUUACAGGAAUUAAUAGCGAUUUUGGAACAGGUAACUAAAAACACAGAUGCUAGAUUACUUGAAGGGAGAGAAAUGGUCCAGGAUUUAAAUCAAACAAAUAGUAUUUUAUCUGAAACUGUCGAUAGAAAUCAUCGUCGAUACCAAGCGCGUUUAAAAAAAAUGGAACAGCAAUUGGUUUUAAUGACUGAACAGCAUAAUUUACAGGUCAAAGCCCUACAGUCACGUAUUGCUGCUCUAGAAACGCCUCCAACUAAUAGUUCAGAAAACUCUGUGAAUUCCCUAAAUACAUAGUUCUAGUACUUGUAAGUUAUAACUAAAAAUAAAGCUCCACAUUAUGUAUUAAUAAUAAUACUAAAUAAAUAAUAAA